AUGGAGGAAGAACUCAAGAGCUUGAUCAAAGUAUGGAUCUCUGCAAUAAUCUCUAUAUCUUAUUGUUACUACUUAACACCCAGAAUCAAACCUGGUGUUCCUCGAUUACUCUCUGUUUCCCCCGUUCUUGCUCUGUUUCUGGCACUUCCUCUGUUUUUCUCCACUGUGCAUCUAUCUUUAAUCACGGCGUUUUCCGUCACAUGGCUCGCCAAUUUCAAACUCAUACUCUUCUCCUUCGAUAGAGGUCCUCUAAUACCUAUUCCCGCCAAUCUCUCCCGAUUCUUCUGCUUCACUUUCUUCCCCAUCAAAACCCAUCAAAACCCUAAAUCUCAAAACCAUUUGCCCAAAUUGGUUUUUGCCAUUAAAGUUGCCAUCUUUGGUGUGAUAUUACAUUUGUAUGGCUUCAGAAAAACUCUGUCUCCGACUCUGCUACGUGCUCUCUAUUUUCUGCAUCUUUACUUAGAGAUUGAGAUUAUCUUAACGUUCAUCAGAGUUGUCGUUUUUAUCUUUCUUGGCUGCGACCUCGAGCCACAGUCCAAUAAUCCAUACUUAGCCACCUCUCUUCAAGACUUUUGGGGUCGUCGGUGGAACCUCAUGGUUCCGGCGAUUCUCCGGCCAGCCGUUUACGCCCCCAUGCGGCGAGUCUCUGAACGCCGAAUUUGCUCUGGUUGGGCUCUGUUUCCGGGGAUUUUAGCGGCGUUCGCCGUCUCUGGUUUGGCUCACGAAUUGUUGUUCUUCUAUUUAACUCGUGAGAUGCCCACAUGGGAAGUUACUCUGUUCUUUGUGUUACAUGGCGUUUGCACGGCGGCGGAAUUGGCGGUGAGGAAGAAGACGACAGUGAUGCAGCGGUGGCGGUUGAGUCCGAUGGUUUCACGGCUGCUCACGGUGGGGUUUGUGUUUGUGACCAGUGGUUGGUUGUUUACACCUCAGCUCGUGAGGAGCGGCGUGAUGGAGAGAUACACAUAUGAAGCUUUGUCGUUCGUUGCUUUCGUUAGCACAAGUUAUUUACUUUUUUGGGGAUAUUUACGACGAGUGUUGUAUAAAAACACAAGGGACUUAUUAGAGCAUCCAAAAUGA